AUGGAGCCCCCCUCCGCGGCUAGCAAGGAGACGGCCCGUCUGGUGGGGAGCCGCGAUCUGGGCAGCGCCGGCAGCCUUCGGCUCAAGAGGCGCCUGCGGAGGAGGGCGAGGGUCCCCCCCCCCGCACGUGGGAGCGCGUGUCGCGGCGCGCUUGUGUGCAACGCACCCGAGUUCCUUCAGUCCGAGACGCCGCGGAGGCAGGAUGCAUCCGGCUUCGCCCAGCCCCGUGCCCGAAGCUCCAUGAAAGGCGCACGGGGCGAGCCCACCCACUCAGACCGGGAGAAUGCCAGCAGGCCGAUCCCGCCGGGAAACCUGGAAGCGCUGGGGGCAGCCAGGAAGCUCCGGGGGGCUGACCCAGGGGCCGGACGUGGGGAAAGUCUGUUUGCAGACCCCCAGGAUGCCUUCCCUGGACUACCCCCGGAGAAUGGCCAUGCAGGCGUGGGUGCGGACCUGGAGAUGGAGCGGCGCCUGGCCCCGCACUGUCACCUUGGGCCUUGCUCCCCCAGCCAGAGCCAGCUGAAGUUCCAGGCUCAGCGGAAACUCAGCAUCGCAUGUGUGGUCUGCUUCCUCUUCAUGAUCGGCGAGGUCAUAGGUGGGUACCUGGCACAUAGCCUGGCUAUCAUGACGGAUGCAGCUCACCUGUUGACAGACAUGGGCAGCAUGGGUGUCAGCCUCUUCUCCCUCUGGGUAUCCACACGUCCAGCCACCAAGACAAUGACCUUUGGCUGGCACCGUUCAGAGACCCUAGGUGCACUGGCCUCUGUCCUGUCCAUCUGGAUCGUCACGGGUGUACUUGUCUACCUGGCUUCUGCCCGCAUCAUCAGCAACGAUUACGAGAUCGAAGCAUCUGCCAUGUUGGGCACAUCAGCCUGCGCUGUAGGAGUGAACAUCAUCAUGGCCUACCUUCUGCACCAGUCGGGCUCCCCACACAGCCACGGCCCAAGCACAGGGGGCUAUGAGCGGAUUGGCGACAGCCCCUGUGGCACCACCCUACCGACCCACAGCAACACCAGUGUCCGAGCUGCCUUUGUGCACGUGGUGGGGGACCUGCUCCAAAGCAUUGGGGUCUUCAUAGCUGCCACGGUCAUCUACUUCAAGCCCCAGUGUAAGAUAGCUGAUCCAAUCAGCACAUUCCUUUUCUCGGUCUUUGUUCUGGGUUCCACCCUGACCAUCCUGCGUGACGUCUUCCGGGUGCUGAUGGAAGGGGCACCACGCGGUGUAGAGUUCCAGGCAGUGAAAGAGCUGCUUCUCUCUGUCAAGGGGGUGAAGGGUGCCCAUAAUCUGCAUCUUUGGGCGCUGACACUCAGCCAUCAUGUUGUAGCUGUGCAUGUGGCUGUAGAACCCAGUGCUGAUGCGGAGGCAGUGCUGCAGGACGCCACAGCCCUCCUGCAGAGCAAGUUUGGCUUCGUCUCCUGCACCAUUCAGGUGGAACGCUACCUGGACGACAUGGCCAUCUGCCGCCAGUGCCAGGACCCACGGGACUGA